AUGGAUACCCAACUUUCAAUUGAGCAACAAGUCGCAAGCCGAAUCAGUACAGGAAUUGGUGCAUGCACACGUGCUGUGUUCUACCCGGACGGUAAAAAUAUCCUCUAUGCGGGCACAUUCAAGCUGACCAAUUUGCGAACGAUUGUUGCGGAGAAUCCUUGCCCGCAGAAGAUGUGUUCGACGCAAAACGAACGCGCAGAUGCGGUUCUCAAUAGAUUCUUGCAUUCGCAUGACAUGAUGCAGUUGACAACUUGCUACGAUAUAAAACCGUGCAAUUCAAAUCAUCCACUUUCAGGUCGUCAAUUCACGUGGGAACUCUUUCCGUCAUACGACAUUUUUGAGGUGAAUCAGUACGGCAACGUAUUGAGACAACUCACCGAUUCACUCGGCUAUGACGCAGAAAGCGCGAUUUCACCGGAUGGAUCUAAGAUUGUCUUCACGUCAAUGCGAUCGGGUGAUCCGGAAAUUUGGAUCAUGAACAGUGACGGCAGUGACCCGGUUCAGCUAACGCAUGAACGAGGCUACGAUGGUGGCGCGUCGUUCAGUCCAGAUGGUAAAAAGAUCGUAUUCCGUGCGUCGAGACCAACGACAGAACUAGAAAUCGAGGAGUACGAUAAGAUGUUGAGUUACAAUCUUGUUUCACCACUAAAAAUGGAAAUUUACACGAUGAACGUGGAUGGGACGAAUAUGCGUCAAAUCACCGACUUUGGAGCAUCCAGCUGGGGUGCUACCUACAUGUACGACAGUAAACGAAUUAUUUUCACGUCGAAUUACGAGCAUGUCGGACGAUGCGGCAUAUUCCAUAUUUAUAUGAUUGAAGAAGAAACUCGACAUAUUGAACAGGUUGAGAAGUUUCAAAUCGUUGCCUAG